AUGCUGGACGCCGGAGCUGAGGACGACGCCGGGACGCUGGAGCUCGGAGACUAUGUCGGGAGGCCGGUGCUGGGAAACGAAGGCGAAGACGAAGGGAGAAUGGGGGCAGCGCCCGCCGUCUCCCCGAACCCUAGCUCCGCCGCCACGAAGGGCCACCACCUCCCCGACCUCACCGUCCUCGGCCGCCACCUCAAGUCCCCCUGCAAGACCCACGCCGUCCUCGUCCUCUCCACCGGCGGCGCCCCUUCCUCCGCCCCUGAAGCGCAGCACCACUCUUACGUCUUUGGAGAGGAUGUGGGUUUCGGCGGCGUCUUCCGUUGCACGACAAGGCUAGCCGAACGAUCCAGGAAACAGAGAGUAUUCAAUGCGCCAUUGUGUGAACAGGGUAUUGCCGGAUUUGCUAUUGGCUUAGCAGCAAUGGACAAUAGAGCUAUUGCUGAAAUACAGUUUGCAGAUUAUAUCUUUCCAGCAUUUGAUCAGAUUGUCAACGAAGCCGCUAAAUUCAGAUACCGAAGUGGAAAUGAAUUUAACUGUGGAGGUUUAACAAUUCGAUCUCCAUAUGGAGCUGUUGGACAUGGUGGUCACUACCAUUCACAGUCACCAGAGGCUUUCUUCUGCCAUGUUCCUGGCCUGAAGGUUGUCAUACCUCGGAGUCCACGUGAGGCCAAGGGACUUUUGCUGGCCAGCAUUCGUGACCCAAACCCAGUCAUCUUUUUCGAGCCAAAGUGGUUGUACCGUUUGUCUGUUGAAGAAGUUCCUGAGGGGGACUAUAUGCUGCCUUUAUCCCAGGCGGAAGUGAUCCGCAAAGGAAGUGAUAUAACACUUGUUGGUUGGGGAGCUCAACUUGCAGUGCUGGAACAAGCAUGUGAAGAUGCUUCAAAGGUCAGUUAUUCAUGCUAGUUCUUGUAUGUCUCUGUGAAUUGGUACUAACGUUUUGUUUGGCUAGUGCAUAGAGAUGCCGUCGUAUGUCGUGUACAAG